AUGGCGCCGCCGCUGCGAUGCGAUGCCGGCGGCAAGGACUUCAUCAGCAACCUCCCGUUUGAGCUCCUCUCUGCGAUCAUCUCCCGCCUCGAUACCGCCGAGGCCGCGCGCACCGCCGUGCUCUCCCCUCGCUGGCGCGACGCGUGGCGUGGGACCCCGCUCCGCCUCGACGACCUCGAGCUUCCCGUCGCGCCCCGCCCCUCCAUCGCCCGCGCCGCGUCGGCGUCGGGAGCACCCUGGGCGGCGCGCGCCGACACCGUCUCCCUCGCGCUCGCCUCCCACCCGGGCCCCGUCGCGCGCUUCCGCCUCGCCCGCACCACCCUCCGCGCCCGCGUCCCCGCCGCGGAGGCCUGGUUCCACGACCUCGCGGCCGGCGACCGCCGCGCCCGCGAGGUCUCGCUCGUCUGCCCGCCCGAGUGGUGCCACCGCGCGCUCGCCGACCCACUCCUCACCUCCGCCACGCUCGAGACCCUCGCCCUCGGCGAGUGCCGCUUCUCCGACGCCGGGGCCGCCGCCGCGUCCCGUCUCACGGACCUCACCCUUUCUCGCACCCACAUCUCCGAGGCUGCACUCCAGAGCCUGCUAUCUGGCUGCCCCGCGCUGCGUAACGUCAUGUUCAGGCACAUCCAGGGACCCCGCCGCAUCCGCAUCACUUCUUGCCGCAGCCUCGUGCUGUUCGGUGUGUGGCAGUACAAGCACCUAGAGGAGCUCACCGUCGAGGACGCCCCGCGCCUGGAGUGCCUGCUCGGCGACGUGCAUCUGGGAGCAUCGGUCACCAUCAUCGGCGCGCCAAAGCUUACUGCUUUAGGCUAUCUCGUGGUGGGCUUCAGGGGUUUCUUGCACGGCAUCGACAAGCCUGCUGUUGAGGAGAAGGUUAACAAGGGACUGCGAGCUCCUUUCAAUAGCGUGAAGAUUCUAGCUAUCAGCAUGACAUUCUCGAGCAAGAAGAACAUGGAGACGCUGAUGAACUUGCUCAAGUGCUUUCCCUUACUGGAGACAUUGCAUAUCCAGGGCAAGCCCGGGGAACGCCAGGUUGACACAAUUGACUUCGGCUACUACCAGAAGAAUGAACCCAUUGGAUGUAUUGUUAACCAUCUCAAGACCGUGAGGCUGGAAAGCAAAGUUAAGGAUCUAAUAAUCGAAGUUGAGCGAAACAUGUUUGAAUUUGUGUGUUUUCUCCUUGCGAAUGCACAGGUGCUGCAGAUCAUGAAGAUUCAAUCUGCCAUGUCCGACACCCCUGCAUGGACUACUGAACAGCAAAAUCUCAUCCAAUGCCACAGGGCCUCUGUGGAAGCCAAAGUCGUGUUCGAGGGCCUGAAAGUCGUCCAUCACAAGGGGUUCAGUAUAGAGGCUGUGAAUGCUCUACCUGACCCCUUUGAUAGUGAUAUCGACAUCAUGGGCUACUAAAUGGCUUGAGUCUUACUGCAGAGAUAAUUCGCCUACAAACCGUUGAAGGCAUUUUGUGUUAUGUUAUCUGGUUAUCUGAAUCUACUUUUAAAUUUAGGCAGCAUUUCUGCUCUCGUUCUAAAGAAGAGCAAUAUCCAUGGUGCCACUGUCAGAUAGUUUCCACUGUCCUGGGUUGAUUGAUGUUCUGAAUCUAGACUGAUUUAUGUGGUCUUUAUGGUUAAUCCUUGAAGAGUUGCUACCGAUGAUGCCAGUGGCAGGCCUUUUGGCCGUAGUACUCCUACAUGGUCUUUACUUGCUGAAAAUAAUACUCCUACAUUUGUCAGUCAUCUGUUUUUCUUGCACUUUGAAAAUAAUUUUGAAGUUCAUGUCCCUUGUCAGAUUGUGUGAUAUUUCAUAAGCUUCAAAUCUGUAGUACUCCUACAUGGUCUUUACUUGCUGAAAA